AGGCAUCGCACGGCACGCGGCGGCCAGAAGAAAGGGAGAUAAUAAGAGGAAAAAGAGAGCCGGGAAGAGGACACCGCUGCCUUGCACCUAAUUCUCUGUGGGAAUUCUCCUCAUUAGGACCAUGACAGCUCCAUUACAACGGCUCCGAAGUGCCAAGGGUCAUGUUCACAGCCGCCGGUCGAACAGUCAUUCCUGUGCUCAGCUGAGAGACAAAUGGAGGGAUGCAACAAUUUUACUCUUUGCUCACCAUGACAGAGCCUCUCUAUGCUGAAUCCUUUUGUGUCAGACCGCCAGGCUUCGAUCAAACGUGGGUUAAUUGCGAGAGAGCGGCUGGAAGAGCCCCCCUCCUUUUCCACACUGCCAAUCUGUCCGUGUCUCUGAUUUUCCACUCAUUCUGCCUCUCUGGUCUCUGUUUACCUCUGUCUGCUGAUUUCUCCACCCCUUUCCCUCAGUCUCUCAUGGUUUCGCACUCCCUCCCACAGCUCGCUGUCUCUCCUCCCCUUGUGCCUUCAAAGCCAGCAGUCUACUCGUAACUCCAGGGCUGCUUGCUACAUGAUCUCUUGGAAAACAACGUUCGCGUCUUGCUCAAGCCACUCCAUGUGCAAGCCUUAAGAUUUCUUGCCCAGGACAGCAGGAUGCUCCUGCACUGGCACUGAUUCCUUUUAUUUCUCUUCUCGAUUUCCCUUUCCCCUCCCCUUUCCUAGUCUCCUGCCCUCUGACCCUCAUCCCUUUACCCCGACCCUAUUCCCUCUCUUUUCCCCCUCUUUCUUGACCAUGUUGCCAUGUGUCUGCCGGCUCCAGCCUGUCCUUGCCUUGCUCUUCUUCACUUUGUUCACUCAAGGGGAAAACUGUCCAGCAACCUGCCUUUGCCCUGACCCUCACACUGUGGACUGUAGCGGGCGCGGACUUACCCGUCUUCCAGACGAGAUCCCCUUGGAUGUGCGGAGGCUGCUGUUGGCGGAUAACUGGAUCCCACGAAUUCCUUCAGAUUUCCUUGUGCUCUACAGUGACCUGGUCUACCUGGACCUCCGCAACAACUCGCUCUCACACAUUGAGCCGGGCACCCUUAGCACUUCCUCCCGGCUGGUUUUCCUGGACCUCGGUUGCAACAACCUGACCGAGAUCCCCAAAGGGACUUUUGGGGAGUCACGGAGCUUAAUUAAGUUGCGCUUGGGCAACAACCCAUAUUUGAGCAUGGUCAACGAAGAUGCUUUCAUAGGUCUUACCUCCUUGCGUGAACUAGAACUAGAACGCAACGCCCUGUCUGGGCUACAGGUGGGUGCCCUGAGCCAACUGCCCUCCCUCAGGCUAGUAAGGUUAGAGGGCAACCCUUGGGUGUGCAACUGCAACUUUGCCAACCUGUUCACCUGGCUGGUGGAAAACAGUCACAAGCUUCCCAAUGGUAUAGAGGGUAUGGAGUGCUCUUUGCCCACCGAUGGACGGCGUGUGCCUCUCAGCCAGCUCUCCCAGGACAGUUUUCGGGAGUGCCAGAUCACCCUCACCCUCACCGAUUUCCUCAUCAUCAUUUUCUCGGGCAUCUCCGUCUCAGUGGCCGCCAUCAUGGCCAGCUUCUUCCUGGCAUCCACCGUCCAUUGUUUUCAGCGCUGGAGCAAGGGCACUAAAGGAGACGAGGAGGAGAGCGAAGAAUGAGGAGCGAGGUUAGAGCUGAAUGACCUUCAGUAUGAUUCAGAGCUGCCAGUUCCUGACAAGAGUUCAAACAAACAGCAUGACUGAACAGACACCAGGUAGAACUUGGCAGAAAUUACCUGGUCACUAACAAAGUGACCAGUACGGACACAGUACCCUCAAAAUCAAAGGAUAUUUGGUCUGAAAGCAAGCCUUAGUAUGCAGACUUCCAGGGAUUUAGUUGUUAAAGGAAAUGCUUUGAGAUCUUGUCCUGCAGUAGAGUUUUCAGUGUCGUUGAAUACUCAUGUCCGUAGAGUUUCCCUUCAUGUAGUUAGCAAAAUACAAUUGUACUAUUUGUUGAUUGUGCCAAAUCAGCACAGGUAGACAGCAAUGGUUCAGACAAACACUGAUAAAUGAUGAUGAGGAAUAAUUGCUAUAUAAGUCACGCAAGGUGAAUCAGAAGACAAAUGUUGCAACUUUAUACAGCCAAGAAUAUGUGAUGGAAGCCAUUUUCCUCAAUUUUGAAAGCAUAGGAAACAAUAACUUGAAGAGCUUAAAGAGAUUACAGAAAGCAUUACCUGAAACUGUAAGUUUAGACUAGAGCUUAAUGUGAAUAGUUGUGUCAAAUACCGCACUUUAAAAUGGCCCGCAAGCUACCAGGUACACUGGUUCAUCCCAGAUCUGCCAAAGAACGCUUUGACUGAGGGACUGAGGUUUUGUCUUUUGAAAUAUAGAUUUAUUUUUCUUUAAAGAAAGCUUAUGAUCUUAGCGAGAUUACAUUUAUUUAGCAUAAUUAUGGUACUACUCACAUAUAAUGAUACAUAAUAUCCUUAAUGUGACUAAAGACAAUAUCUAUGAGAUGGAGAUAAGUACAUGCUACAAAUGUGAUAGUAUUAUUCUGUUAUUCAUGUCUUAAAAUAUAUUUGAAAAGGCAUACAAUGGGCCCAGAAAAGUAUUUGGGCAUUUAAGUCAGACUUAUAAAAUACCUGAACCAAGCAAAGCACAACUUGCCACAAAUAGAUGCCUGUUUGGUUUAAAUAAUAAAUAAUAAAAAAAAACUUUUAUAUAAAAUUAAUUAUAUGAUGAAAUAAAAAAAAAAAUUCAAUUCAAUCAAGUAAUUAAAUUAAAUGAAGUUAAAUAUACACAACAAAAAUGACCUUGAGACCAUAUGGUGAAAAGCAACAAAAAAGUCUCAGAAAUGAGAAAUUUGUACUGAGAAAAGAUUCCGUAUUCUUUAAUUGCUGAUGUCACUUAUUUUGUUUUCUAACAGAAUGAUGUUAACAUGUUUUUUAAGUGUGACUUAAGUGUCUAAAUGUGUUUUUUUUUUUUUUUUUUUUUUUUGAGGCCACUGUACAUUCACGUGUCUUUAAUUUGCUGUGUCGACUAAUAAUAAUCCAGCGUAUAACAAAAUGGCAUACAUUUCUGUUCGAAAUGUCAAUUCCAUCAAUUCCAUUUUUUUGUCAGUAGACUGUGUGGGGGAAUCUAUUUUAGAAUGUCAGAAAAAGACAUUUGAUUGUUUGUGUUUUCCUUUAAGAAUAGUUCAAUCAGUCUUGCUUCUUUCAUAUCCUUAUUUGAAAGGGCUUCAUCUGUUUUUAGAAUUAGGAUAAUGUAUUUUCCACAAUUUCAAGAAUCAAGUUCAUUAAUAUCCUAAUGUCUAUCACCAUCCUCUGUUCCACUGUUGCUGCCCAUAAACAGAUGCUCUGGAUGUACUAUUUCGAGAAUAUAUAGAUCUUUUUCCCAGACAGGUAUCACAACUUCAUUUUUGCAGUGGAUGAAUAAUUAAUUGGAUCUGUGAAAUAAGGCACACAGUGUGCUAGCCUUCAAAAAUAUUGGGGAUGAAAAAAUAAAUCAUUGUGAUUCAAAGACCACCUUAUUUUAAACUAAUUCUAUUCUGCUCACACAACCUCAGAUAUCAUAUUGUGUUGGAUGUAGAAAGCACAAAUCCAUAUUAAUGUAAUGUAAAUGUUAUGCUGUCAGGACACGGUUGACCCAUAUGCACAAUCUUUCAAAGCUAGACUGUAGCAUGGUAUCAUCAGCAGAAAUCAAACCUUUUUUUUUUUUUUUCUCCAUGUAUAUACUCUAUAUAAACUAUUUAUAGCUGUUCAACCAACCGGAAAAAAAAUAAAAUAAAAACUAAAUACGUCUAUGAAUAUGUAUGUGCAAACAAAAUGAGGUAUUAUUGUUAAAAAUUAAAAAUUAUAUACAAAUGCUGUAGACACUUACUAUGCCAUGACAAUAGAGCUGCUCAAUCAUGACAUCAAUUUGUAGGCAGACCUCGGCAUGGUUUCUUGUUGGAAUUUCAAAUGGGUUAUUUUAAUAGCUUUUUUUUUACAUUAUUAUUUGCAUAAUUUUUUUGCAUUAUUCUUAUGAAAUAAGAAAUAAAAAGUAAUAAUAAUAAUAAUAAUAAUAAUAAUAAUAAUAAUAAUGAGAGUAAAUUAUAUGAAUUUGACAUUUAUGUUUGUUCUACAACAUACAUUAUACACAGUCAAACCUCAAAUGCGAAAUUUGCAAAAAAGAAAGAUGUGUUUUAAAGCAUAAGUUGCUAAAAGGUUGCUGAAUAAGGAGAAUCAGUUAUAAAUUAAGCAUCUUAUUUGAACUUACAUUUUAAAUUGUUAAAUAAUAAAUCGAAAACUGCUAACGUAUUUGAAAUUCCUGAGGGAACUCAUGACCUGUAACAGAACAGUAGCUGAUUUUACAUGGAUUGGAUGUGAGAUUUUGCAGAAUAAUGGCAUUUGCAAUGACAAAAUGCAUCAGAUUUCUAUAAUCAGUACUUUCCUUCAUUGUCUACGAUAGCAAGUAAAAUAUAGUGUGUUCAUUGCUGUACCAUCUGUUUCUGAAUUCAGUAUGUGUCGUUUAAAAAGAACCCAGAGCUCCCAGCGUCAGUCAUUUCCUAUGUCAUAACUGUCACACUGAGCGAUGUAGUAAAGAUGUGUGUUGCAUCAUACCGUGGAGUAUAUUUGUUAUCUGUAUUAAUUGAACACCACAUAUAUCUAGAAAAACAACUACUAUGUAGUUUUAGUACAAAGAAUGAGGGAAAAACAUUUAAAUGAGAGGUUUUCUUGCAUGACCCAGUGGCGACAUCAUCCAGUACUUUGUUUUUUCUCCAUAUGGCAGUGCACUGUUGAUGAAAUACAAUAUCAUAUUAAACAGUAAGCUAUUUUUGA